AUGGCAACUCUUCCCACAAGUGGACGGAUUCUCAUCCAAACAACCGUCGGAGACAUUGAAAUCGAGCUAUGGGCUAAGGAAACUCCCCUAGCAUGUCGCAAUCUCAUCACACUCGCACUGGAAGGAUACUAUGACGGAGUCAUUUUCCAUCGUGUUGUUCCAAAUUUCCUUGUCCAGACCGGCGACAGGUCUGGAACGGGUUCGGGAGGAGAAUCGCUAUAUGGAGAGCCCUUUGACGACGAGAUCCAUCCACGACUUCGCUUUACCCAUCGUGGCCUCGUAGGAAUGGCAAAUAACGGCGAUAAGAAUAACAACUUUAGCCAGUUUUUCAUCACGCUAGACAGGGCCGACGAGUUGAAUGGCAAACAUACCCUCUUUGGUCGCGUCGUUGGGGACACGAUAUACAACGUCGCAAAGAUUGGCGAACUGGAAUUGGAUGCAGAUGAGCGGCCCCUUUACCCGCCAAAGAUAAGGCAGAUCAAGAUACUCAAAAAUCCGUUCCAUGACAUCGUUCCGAGGAUCACUGCCGCCGAAAAGCGCGCACAGCAACAAGCAAAGGAGCAAGCUCAAAGAGAGCGAGAAGAGGCUGGCAGGAGGAAGCAAGCGAAAAAGGACGCAAAGCUGCUCUCGUUUGGUGGCGAGGAAGCCGAGGAGGAUGAAGAGCCAGUCAAGUUCAAGAAGAAACCCAUGUUCAGAGACGACUUGAUGGAUUCGGGACCAGUAUCCAAACCAGACCUCGACGCAGCUCCGACAGCUAAAGCAAGGGACAGACCGACUGAUGUCCCACAACCGAGUGCUACAUCCAAACCUGACCAGUCGACAGAUUCCACACCUAUUCCUAAAAAGUCGAAGAAGACUGAAAAGCCUGAUACACGCACAGACCUUGACAGGGUAGAAGAGGAAAUUCGAAGGCUAACUCGACAACGAGACUCUGAUUCUGAGGAUGACAAGCCGACAAAGAAGCCAAAGAAAACAUCAUCAAUCGUCGAGGAGUUGAAUGCAAAGUACCGACGAGGGACGGCUGCAGCCAAGCGAGCAGGCAAGCGAAAGGACGAAGGCGCAGCCAUCGCGGCACUUCAGAACUUCAGAGCGAAGCUUGGGCAGUCUAUAGAAGAAGAAGAGGCAGAAGACAAGGUAGAUGUGGCUACGGGGGAUAAUGGCGAAGGAAUGGAGGUUGAUGACGAUGUCGGAUGGCUGUCACACCGAUUGAAGUUCUCAGAGGACAACACGGAGGAGACGGCACGUGCAGAACAUGACUAUGAAGUGAUUGAUCCUCGAGCAAGAGGUGCCAAAGCGAAGGAGGAGGAAAUGGCCAGGAAGCGUUCUCGAAAGGAUGCCACCGGUGGACAUGGUUAUAGAUCCUACCAAAAGGGCCCUAAACGAUGA